AUGAUCAUGGUGGUGGUUAUGAUGGUUGUGAUGAUGGUAGUGAUGAUGAUGAUGAUGAUGGUUGUCCCUCUAGUCUCCACUCUGCUGCACUGCUUCCUGUUGGCGGAUUUCCUCCAAUCAGCUCCAGUAGUCUCUCCCUCCGACCCUGACUUGCUCAGAGAGUCGGUUGAACAAGCAAAGACUCUGGUGGAUAAAAUUCUGAGAGACAUCUCCAUUGUGCACCACGCCACCGUCACGAUGGAGGGUUUGACCCUUGACUCUCCCCACCCAACUAACCUGGAGACGAUGGUGACAUCACUGGGGAUCCCCCCCGCCCCCAUCCUCAAACCACUGUCCGAGCACUUUACACUGGACGUCUGUGUGGGCCGCAUGUCAUCGGGCACCCGGCUGUACCAAAGGCUGCUGGGAGUUUUAUCUGAUCGAGCGAGCGGCCUGAGCGACCUGCAGGCCGACCUAAGGGACCUGCAGACACACGUCGCCAAGAUGAGAGAGGCAGCUCAGCUCAGGGACCCCGAGCUGGAUGAGAACCAGAACCUGGACCUGGCCUCCCGUCUCCAUGGUAACUACCAGGUGCAGAUUGCAACUCACCUGACGCUGACUGAUCUCCGCUCCUUCUGUCACGACCUGAUCCGCAGCCUGAGGGCCAUCGCUAUCUUCAAGCCUCGCCCUGCAGGUAUUGACUAAGCGUCGCCCACCACACAGGAACAAGGCACUGAAAGGAGACACGGCCAGAAUCCAAAGAAACCUCUGUGAAGGCUUGCAGUGCAUCAAGGAACAUUUUAUGAUGGAAGAGACAUUUUAUAGCAAGACGUGAUGAUGAUGAAGAAGACAAUGUCGAUGAUAAUGUUCUGGACUUUAUGGCUCCAUAAAUUCCAUCUCAACUUAUAUUAGUCCCAGAAAUGUACCCUCUGAGAGAUUCGUCUUUCUUCAGAGACCAUCUUUUAGAUUUCUGGAUGUUUAUUUUUACACUUUUAUUGUGGAAGAAUCCUCUGAACUUUGUGUGAACAAGGACAGGAAUGCAGAGAUGAAAAAACUGAUCUGAGGUCUGCAAGUCUGAACUCGUCCUGCUGUCUUCAACUCCUCGUUCAGAGGAACGACAGUUAUUGAUCAGUUGCUAAUCACUGAUCAAUCAGCAACAAAUCCAUUGGACCCAAAAAUCCAAAAGAACCCAAAGGUCAAAUUCCUGAAGUUCUCAGAGGACUCAACGCAGAUUACUGCAGACCUUCACAACCUGUUCAGACUCCUCCCCUGUGGGGGCGCUACAGAGCCCUAUAGGACGAAACCACCAAAAUAUCAGAUCUAUAUUUAUAUUGGUCAUAGUAUUAGAAAUGUUUAUCCUUCCAGUGUAUAAACAUCUUUUCUACUUUUUAUUUUGUCGUCAAAUAACAAUGAAACAGAUAAUUAACUAAUGAAUGAACCUUAAAAAUAGGCAAGACACAAUUAAGGACCAUUUAACUAAUCAAUAACUCAUAGAUCAUAAACCUUGAAUAAUGAAUAGAUGAUCAAUCAAUCUAUAACAAUCGUUAUUGAUAGCAUAAAAAGAUUCAAUAACUGUUGACAGAAUUUCAAAGCUUCUCCCUCUGUGAAUCACAUGCUUUUAUUGUGAAAAAAUCCCAGGUGCUCAGAGCUCUUUAUUCUAAAUGUUUUCUUGUGGCGGAAACUCGUUCCUUUGGGCCUUUCCUUUGGCUCCGGUUUAUGCUUCCUAUUGGUUUUAACCACGCAGGGAACAGAAGACCAGGAGCAAUUUGUUGAUCACUUGUAAUUUAUUGUAAUGAAAAACAUGAAAGAAAGAUAAGUUGCACCAUCAGGGAGUCACGGCCAAGAUCAAAGACCUUUUGCCUUCACGCCAACUUAUAAGAGCGUCCAUCUCACCUGUAGGGGGCACACUUUGCAAGAACAAAAAUUAGUUAUUUAAAUACAUGGACAUGAACUUAAAUGCGACUCCUACAUGAUUCUUUGUAUUUUUAUCAUUAUUAAAUUUAUAAUAUUGAUCAAAAUCAGAAACAUUUAUUCACCAAGUAGGUUGGCCAUAUGAGGAAUUUGUCAUGGUGGGUGGUGCAUACAUGGCAUUGAACAAAGUAAAAUAAUUUACAAUUAAAUUAACAAUGGAUCAUAAAAUACAAAUAAGGUGCACAGGAAAACAUAACAAUACACAGGUGUGUGAAGGUGAAAAUGACUAAUGUUUAUAUAUUUACUAAUCAUUUUUUAUUGUCAUUUAUAUUUAUUGAUCGUCAUUGAUAUUAUUAUUAUUCAAUAUUUAUUGUCAUUUUUUCAUAUUUCUUAUUUAUGUUGAAAUAUUUAUUUAACUUUUGAGUGUAUUUUGUUUAGAUGUUUGUCAGAAAUAUUGUAUGAUUUCCUAGCAGCGAUGAUGUCAUGUUGUGUGUGAAAGAU